CUGAUCACCAAGGCCGUGUCCGUCUCCAAGGAGCGCAAAGGGCUCUCCCUCGCUGCGCUCAAGAAAGCGCUGGCCGCCAUCGGCUACGAUGUGGAGAAGAACAAAAGGCGCAUCAAGCUGGGGCUCAAGAGGCUCGUCAGCAUCCUCGUGCAGACGAAGGGCACCGGCGCCUCCGGCUCAUUCCGCCUGAGCAAGAAGCCAGGGGAAGUGAAGGAAAAAGCCCCUAAGAAGAGGGCGGUUGCUGCCAAGGCCAGGAAGCCG